AUAAACUAAACGUCAAUCCAAUUAAAUCCAAUAUUAUUUUCGCGUUUAAAAUACGUUGUUUAGUUACAAAAGUCUGCAUUGAAUUAUAGAGCAUUAUGUAACAUUAUUUCAACAUUUUCAAAAUAAGCAAAAAUGUUGAAUUCAAUUCAGAAUUCCGUAAAAUAUUUACGGUGGAUAAACAUUAAAACUACACUGAGGGGGGUAACACCGAAACGUGUACCAAAUAUUAUUGCUAAUCUUCCAAAAGAAAAAAAUGAAUUAUCCGCUACGCACAAAUUAUUAUUUUCACCGCGUACUGUUGGUCUUGAGAUUACAGAAAAACCUCAAAUCAGCCGAGUAAAACAAGACCCAAUCCCUUAUGUACCUAUACUCAAUCCUCGAUCCAUUUUGCCUCUUGUGGAAGAUUGGGGUAAGGGCGAGAUUGGUCUACCUUCACUUAAACAGGAGGAAAUCCAAGCAGCCAGAUUAAUUGUGAUUAGAAGGAAAAAGAUGAAGAAACAUCAAAGGAGGAAGCUUUGGAAGAGGAUGAGGCAUCGCUGGGCCAGGGUUAAGCAACGUCGACGUCAAAUCAAAGAAAAAAAGUUUCAAAAUGAACUUCUAGCUCUUGUGCAGAACGCAAAUGAGUUCUCCGCAGAAAAAUAUGUUGCGGAGAAGAUUCAAAAAGCGAACUACACCCCUAUACCAACUCGCUGGAGACACAAGAGACUCCCGGAGUUCAUUAUACGUCAACUGCUUGGGAUUGACAAGAAAAUCAAUUACAAACAUACUGAUACAUACAAAGCUUAAAUUUAAAUAUUAAAUUUAUGGUAAAAUGUAGGAAAGUUUGUGUUUAUUAUAGUUUUACACUGAAAAUGUGUUUUUAUUUGAAAGU